AUGUUUGAUGUGGCUCCCCCUCCCCAGAACCCGUGCCCUUCUCUCCUCUCCCCAGGGGACACGGCCAUGUACCAGGAAGGCGCCUACUGGAUCAGGGGACGGACCUCGGUGGACAUCAUCAAGAGCGGAGGCUACAAGAUCAGCGCCCUGGAAGUGGAGCGCCACCUGCUGGCCCACCCUAGCAUUGCAGAUGUGGCCGUGAUCGGUGCGCCAGACAUUGUCUGGGGGCAGAAGGUCAGCGCUGUGGUGGAACUCCACAAGAGCCAGGAAUUGUCUCUGCAGACCCUCAAGAAAUGGGCCAGGGAGAGCAUGCCCUCCUACACCAUCCCUUCGGAGCUGCUCCUGGUGGAGGAAAUCCCCCGCAACCAGAUGGGCAAAGUGGAUAAGAAACAGCUCCUCAAGCAAUUCUACGGCGCCUCUGAAAGCUUCCGCCUCUGACCGGUAGAACCGGGCUCCCUGCGGCCCAAGAGCAGCACUGGACGCCCGUCCUCCAAAACCGGACUCUGGUCCUUGGCGGUGGCCUUUCCUUUACUCGCCACCCGGCAGACCGAAGAGGACCUGAGGAUUCAGGCUUUGCGCUGCUCUGCCGCCUCCUACGCUGGCCCUCCAAAGACAUGGGGGGUGGGUGGGGGGAGAGGGCCCGGCCAGGCAGAAGCCACAGCCUCCCUGGCAAGGCCUUCCCUCGGCUGAGCCAGAGUGCAGGAUGGGAGAACACGGGCCCCGCCCUCCCCUUCCCUCUGGAGGAUGGAAACCCCCUCCCCCAGGCGCACCUGCGGAGCCAAGGGAUCCGAUGCGGAGUUAAUCAUGUGUGUGUCCAAGAGAGAAGCGGGUGUUCCUAUCAUCUGACCCCCCCUUUUCCAUCCUCUUCUGCACCACUCUGGCUUUUUAGAAAUCCACCUUAAAUUUAUAGGUACAUUUCUAUUCCUGAACGUAUUUCUCCAAGGUCCCUGAGCAAUAAUCCUCCUUUCCGGUGAGCUGGAGAAGUUUGUGGGUUCUUUGCAGCUGCCACUCCCCUUCCGCUUUCUGUGGGUCGCCUGACUAGGCACUGUGGCUGCCCUGCAAGGGAGGGAGGGAUUCCGAGGGUCCCGGCGGGUGUGAUGCUCGGGGGGAUUCCGUCUCUCCCCUGGCAUCAACCGCUGGGGCCAGAGGAGACUCUGCGGCUUUUGCCCAUUCAUUCAGUAUCCUUUGAGGGGGGGGGUGGCUUCUCCCCACCAGCAUUCCUCUCUUUUUCUUCCCCACACUCUCUUUCCGAAGAACCCCUCCCCCCUUUUUUGUGGUGCAGUAAAAGGGGCCUUCAUUAGAGGGAUUUUUUUAUUAUUAUUAUUAUUAUUUUUCAAAACAAACACAACA